AUGGCAACGGUUUCGAGGAUGAUUGAUCUCGUGUGGCAGCCUCCCCGUAAGAAGCCUGGGGUUAAGAGGCCGAUGCUUGAUCGGAGGCUCCCAGAAAACUUCAAGCACUACGGCAACUGGGGCUUCACCAUCUACCGCACAUACUACAGCCCUGAGUCUGAUAAGCACUGGGAUAUUCUUCUUGACGCUUUGAAGCGACAAACGUGCCUCGCGCUCGGGUACUACGAAGAUGGGAACCAAUACAGACACGACGUAAAGCAACGAGGGUCGAGGUUCUACAGCGGCGAAGAGGAAUACAUGAGUGACUUGAAUAGACUCAAGGAGCUGUUCCGUCUCGAUCCUCGUGAGGAUCCGUUGCUGCUUGAUGGCCUGGACGUUCGCCGGCUUCGGGAGGAUAUAUUUGUUGUCAAGGCGGUCGCCUACCGCUGGGAAGAGGCCUAUGACGCUCGCUGGGGUUGGACGAGAAUGCCAACAGGGUAUUUGCUAGAGCUUUGGCAUUCGCUCAUGCUUUCAGCGGAUAACCCUUAUUGGUCCCUGCAGUUCAAGGGCCCGGAGGAGGAUCUCGAACAUUACCUCUGGGAUGGCGACUCUGCCGCUGAGCCUACGGCCACAUGCUCCGACGUCCAGCCUUACCCCUACCACUACGAAAUACCUGAGCCUCUGUUCAAAUUUGAGAAGAAGCAGUUGCUGCCGGAAGAAUGCGAUCAAUGA